AUGUUAUCGCAUGAAAAUCUUCUGGCGGCAUCCAAAGGUAAUAUUCUUCGUACAGAACGUGCCAAUCUCAAAGGAUCUGUUACCGUUCGGCACUGCUCAGUCUUGCCGUUGGCUCACAUAUUCGAGCGAUUUAUUCUUCUUGGCGUCUUAUUACGCGGAAAUCAAGUUGUAUUUUGUCCACAGCCCGAAAAACUACUCGAAUACUUUGCCAUGGUAAAACCAACACAGGUCACUGUCGUACCUCGUAUUCUCAACAAGAUCUAUGAUGGAAUCAUGCUUGAAGUUGGUCAGAGUAAGCUCAAACAAUACCUUGUUCAGCAAGCACUGCGCUCUGAAGAGUCGAAUUGGUUCUCGCGUUUGAUUUUUCGUAAAGUAAAGGAUCUGUUCGGUGGUGAAUUGAAAGCAAUGUUUGUUGGCGCAGCACCUAUUACACGCGAUGUUUUACAUUUUUAUCGCAUUGCGCUCGAUAUACCUAUUCUGACUGGAUAUGGACAAACAGAAUCGACAGCUUGUGCUACAACCACACAUGCUGGUGACACGGCAUUUGACACUAUUGGCUCGCCAGUUGCGACGGUGGAAAUCAAACUUAUUGAUGUACCAAACACGAACUAUCAAAGUCACAUGAAUCAAGGAGAGAUUUGUAUUCGAGGUCCCGUCAUUUGCAAAGGCUACUAUGAUGACGAAGUGAAAACACGCGAGACUAUUGAUGAAAAAGGUUGGUUACAUACUGGUGACGUCGGAGAAUGGGCUAGUAAUGGAGCAUUGCGUAUUAUCGAUCGUACAAAGCACAUAUUCAAACUUAAUCAAGGUACGUAUAUAGCACCUGAACGUCUCGAAGAUAUUUAUCUUCGUUCUCAAUGGGUGGCACAGAUCUUUAUCGAUGGCAUUUCCACAGAAGCAACGGUCGUAGCCAUUGUUGUACCUGAUGAAGAAUAUGUACGAAGACAUUUCAAACUGACAGAAUCAAUGCCGUUUGCAGACGUGUGCAAAGAUGAACAAUUAAAGCAAGCGAUUUUAUCUGAUUUAAUUCGUUUGGCGAAAGACAACAAACUGAAAUAUUUCGAAACUGUCAGCAACAUUCAUCUCCAUCCAGAACCAUUUUCAGUACAAAAUGGAUUGCUAACUAUAACUCUGAAAACACGUCGACAAGCUGUUCAAACACAGUUUCGACCGAUCGUACAAUCACUGUAUGACAAUGAGAAACAUUCAAUAAAAACAGUGUAG